AUGCUUCAAGUAGGAAGUGAAUUCGUCACUUCGCCAGACAAACUAUGUUGGAGAAAAUCCAAUAUUCGUUAAUCGUUGACUGGUAUAAAACAUGUUUGGCUGUGAGUACUUACCAUAUAACAAUUAGCAGCACUGAAAAUCUGACGGACAUCAGGUUAUAAAGCAGAUAGGACGGUGUUUCAGACCAUGGUCACUGUCGGACACCCCAGUGCCUCCAAGGAGGGCACAGAGGCCAUCGUGCCUCAGGAACAAGAUCCAGAGAAGAGAAGAUUUCGGUCCCACUCCCAACUAUAUGGAGCCAUCAGGGACAGCAUAGGCAAUGUAGGAGAUAACUGCCCGACUUGUCGGGGAAUAGGGCGUAUUCCAAGAAAACAUGAUCAGCUAGUGGCAGUCAUCUCAUGUUCAGACAAAAGACUGAGGCCCAGCCACACGAAACUCUACGUGUGUAUCUCGGUGGUGCUGUGUCUCCUGAUCUGCUUUCUGAUCCUCUUCUUCCUCUUCCCACGGAGUAUCUCACUAUCCCCUGUCACAGUCCAAUCAGUGAUGGUCUUCUUCACCCCAAACAAAGUUGAAAUGCAAGUCACCAAUGUUUUCAACUUCACCAAUGACAAUUUUGCGGAGAUGGAAGUCUUGGACUUUGAUAUGCAAGUCCUGAUCGAUGAAACCGUGAUGGGCAGAAUCAAGAUAUCUAAUAUGACCUCGGUCAAAUCACGUUCAGAGAAAUUGUAUACUGUUGUCAUACCCAUAAUAAUUGAGGACCCAGGCCUGAAUAAUUACUGCAAGUCAACCUCCAUAAGGAUUCACACCUUGUUCUUACUUUUGCAAAUGACAAUGAAUGUGUCCUACCUGGCUCACUCAGAGCAGCUGUCCAAAGACAGCUUUGAGUACAUUGACUGUGGAGCCAACACCACCAUUCCCCACCCUAUCGGGCAAAUGAUUUUUGAACGAUGAAAGCCUGGCAACGAGGGAUUCCCAAAGUGAAAAUAUGUAUUAUAAACAAAAUAGACUCAUCAAAGGGAAAUGUAAACAUAUUGUAGUAGACAAUAUUAAUAAUUCUAGUAUUGUCCUCUGCUCUGCCCACAUUAUUUGCUGUGCAAUAUUCUUCUAAAGUAGUUUUCUGAAUGAUUUGUGAAAGUACACGUUGGUUGUUUUAACAUAAUUGUAGGGAUUUAGAACAUAUGAGAUGUGUGAUAAUGAUUCAGAAUACACAUUUAAUUCCACAAGACAUGUUAUGUGCACUUUAAAGUUUACUGCAUUGAUA